AUGCGCAACCUACGAAUUCUCAAAAUUUAUCAUAGGGAUGAUGCUUGUAUUAGUAACAAGUUCAAACUGUCCAUUCCUCAAGACCUUGAUUCUUAUCUUUCUAAUAAGCUAAGGUCUUUUCAGUGGGACCUUUACCCUUUGAAAUCAUUGCCAUCAAACUUUAUUCCUGAGAAUCUUGUUGAACUUGUACUUCGUGGCAGCCACGUUGAAAAGCUUUGGAAUAACCGUAAAAUUCAGAAUCUUCCGUUCUUAAGAAGGAUUGAUCUUAGUUAUUCCAAGUUCCUUAGUCAACUACCCGAUUUGUCGCAGGCUCCAAAUUUGGAGAGUAUAAAUCUUGAAGGCUGUACAAGCUUGGUUCAGGUUCUUUUAUCUCUUCAAAAUCUUGACAAGCUGACUUAUCUAAAUUUGAAUGGCUGCUCCAAACACCGAGAUCUUCAAGAUAUAUCAAAGAGAACAGAGGGGUGUUUGGAUAUUGUCAGGUUUGGAGGCAUUAAGAAUGUUUUGAAUAAUUUCACAUAUCGCAAAAGUUGCAUCCAAAGUUUUACAGGCAAUUUAUGUCUCUACUCAUCUCAGACUCACAUUUCUCAAAAGUUUGCACCCAAUUUAAGAUAUUUAAUUUUGCGUGGGACAGCAAUAGAAACAGUGCCCCCAUCAAUUGGGUAUCUCACGGGUCUUGUUGAGUUGGAUAUGGAGCAUUGCAAAAGACUUAAAAGUCUUCCGACAAGCAUUUGUCAUUUGAAAUCUCUUGAGACACUGUAUCUGUGUGGUUGUGAGAAACUGAAAACGUUUCCAGAAAUCUUGGAGCCUAUCGAACACUUGAUAGAUAUUUGGUUAGAUUACUCGGGCAUUAAAGAGUUGCCAGAGUCAAUUGAAAAUAUAGUGUCACUUAGAAGAUUAUAUAUGCAACAUUGCGGGGACUUACAAGAUUCCAUCACAGUGUUUGAGUUUGAAAGCAAAAGGCUGCACGUCACUGGAGAACAUUUCAAAUUUGAGGGCUCCACUAUUACACGAUCUAGAUAUCAUUCGAAAUAG